AUGAUUUAUAAAACCCAGCCACGGUCUUAUCGAGAGUUGCCGAUCAGAUUGGCCGAGUUUGGAGUUGUCCAUAGAAAUGAGUACUCGGGGGCACUCACAGGACUCACUCGAGUUCGAAGAUUCCAGCAAGACGAUGCUCAUAUAUUUUGUCGGGUAGAUCAGAUUCGAGACAGUCUCAAAUUCGCAGAAUCGGUUUAUUCCAAAUUGGGUUUUUCUGUGAAAUAUGUUCUUUCGACUCGACCGACUAAUUUUAUGGGCUGUCAAGAAACGUGGACUAUCGCCGAGAAAGUUGUGUUUAUUUUUAUUUUCUAGCAAUUAAGCGAUGCCUUGGUGGAUUUUGGAUGUUCAUUCUCCACAAGUCCUGGCGAGGGGGCAUUUUACGGGCCAAAAAUCGACAUGAUAAUUUGUGAUGUGCUUGAGAGACCUCACCAAUGUGGGACAAUACAGUUGGACUUUCAUUUGCCUCAAAGGUUUGAUCUCUUCUAUGUCAAGUCGGUCAAUUUUUGA